AUGAAACUUGAUGAGACCAUCGCUCUGCUCAGACAGGGCAAACACGUCUCAGAAGAGACGGUGUUUGAGCUAUGUAUGCGAGCGCAAGAACUGCUUAUGAACGAGGCCAAUGUAACGCAUGUGGAUACUCCAGUGACGAUUUGUGGGGAUAUCCACGGACAACUGCACGAUCUCUUGACUUUGUUCGACAAGAGCGGAGGUGUGGAAAACAACAAAUAUAUAUUCUUGGGAGACUUUGUGGAUCGUGGAUUCUAUUCGCUGGAGAGUUUUUUACUUUUAUUGACUUACAAGCUGCGAUAUCCGGAUCGUAUUACCAUGAUUCGUGGCAAUCAUGAAACUCGACAAAUCACCAAAGUUUACGGGUUUUAUGACGAGAUUGUGCGGAAAUACGGUAACAGCAACGUUUGGAGAUACUGUUGUGAAGUUUUCGACUACCUGUCCUUAGGGGCAAUCAUAAAUGGGAGGGUUUUCUGCGUACACGGCGGUCUUUCACCUGAUGUGACCACGAUCAAUCAAAUCCGUGCUAUUGACCGCAAACAGGAGGUACCGCAUGAGGGCGCAAUGUGUGACUUACUAUGGAGUGAUCCGGACGAGGUGAGUACUUGGUCUUUGUCCCCGCGAGGAGCUGGAUUCCUCUUUGGGAAGAACGAGGUGGACCAGUUUUUGCAUACCAACGACUUUGAGCUCAUCGCGCGUGCGCACCAGCUUGUGAUGGAGGGCUACAAGGAAAUGUUUGACGGCGGGCUCGUCACCGUAUGGUCUGCGCCGAAUUAUUGUUACCGUUGCGGGAACGUGGCAGCGGUCCUGCGCAUCGAGGACACGCUGGACAGGAACUAUAUGAUUUUCGAAGCUGUACCUGCUCAGGACGAUGUAGGUAACGCAAUAAUACCGACCAAGAAGCCUCAAAUGGACUACUUUUUGUAG